ACAGUAAAUAGAGGUUGGGGUGUCCAAGACCAAGCAGGACUCCAGGUACAGGCUUUGUAAAGAUGCUCCUGAGAUGAUCCAGUACAUCAGGGUUCAAGAUGUUAACAGGUAAGACAUGUAGAACGCCAUAACCAAAUGGCUGUAGAAUAUACAGAAAUAUAUGUGCUGAGUUUGAGAUGGAAAACUUUAAAGUCAAGGUGGGAAAUACAUCAGAAGAUAGAAAUAAACACAAAGUCCAGUUAUGUAAACAGAAAUGUUAAUUUAUUUUUUUAUUUUUUUACCUGGUGAGGUUAUACUAAGCAAAAUUAUAUGUAUUUUAUUUUAUUUUAUUUUAGCAUUCCCAUUUAUCUGCUUCCUGCAGCAAAGGAACAUGGGAGUUGGUGUCCCUCUCCGCUAAUGCACUCAGGCUGGGCAGUUUCUGACAGCAGAGACUCGGUUAGCCUGACAGCUAGCUGCUCAGCACUCACUGCUAACGGCAGAAAUAAGCUAACCUGCUGUGUUAAUUCAGAAAAGCCAGAAUGGAUUUAAAGAAUAUUCUGGCACAGCUUGACGCCGCCAACGAAGAGGACACAGAGAGGCUUUUACAGCAGUAUAACCGUGAGAACACUCAGACUUUCACUUUUGAUCAUAAGGAAGAAACCCUGCGGAUUAAACUCUGUGAGAGAGUGCUGACAGUCCUUGGGAGGCAAGUUCAGCCCACCUGUCAGAAAACCUGCUUGGAGACGCUCCGCAUCUUGUCCAGAGAUAAACAUGUCCUGGCACCUGUAGCCACCAGAGAAGGCAUGCUGAUUCUGGCAGGGAUGGCGAGGCUGUGUACUGGACAGGAAGACGGCGAUGACCAGGAGAGCCCUCAGGGAUUCGCGCAGUCACAGGAAGAGGAGAGAGUGGUGGUGGAAGCCUUGAAGUGCUUGUGUAAUGUGUUGUACAACAGUCCAGCAGCUCAGCAAGUCAGUGUGGAUGUUCAUUUGGAUCGCGGUCUGUGUGCCAACCUGCGCACGGCCAGAACGUGGCAACAUGAGGUGGGCUUGUUCACCCUGCGCCUCCUCUUCUUGCUUUCUGCCCUCCGGCCUGAUGUGAGGGGCAUUUUGAGGAGCAAAUUGCACGCUGUGAAACUGCUGACAGAGGUGCUGGAGCACACUCUGAAUGUGAACUGGGUCGGUCCCUAUGAAGCUGCCUGUCCAGGUCCGGAGGUCCUGCCACUGCCUGCAGAAAAGAACGAGAGAGCCAUGGAAGCGCUGAAGGCCUUGUUCAAUCUAACACUGUCAGAGGCUCGGAAUGAGGAGGAUCACCACCAGUUCCGACUCAUUGCUGCUAUUCUUCGUCACCUGUUGAUGCUGAAGACGGAGACGGAGGAGAAAACGGAGGAAGCACACAGUCAUGCCGUCAACCUGCUGAACAACCUGCCCGUGUCUUGCCUGGACGUCUUGAUUGAUGUGCCCGUCCAGGGAGGUGUGGACGAAUACGGUGGAAAAAACAUGGAGGCGGUGCAGGUGCUCAUCGACUUUAUGGAGAUCAGAAUUGACAAGGGCUCCAACUACAAAGAGGGACUGACGCCGGUGCUCAGCCUCCUAACCGAAGGGUCCCGAUGCCACCGGGAGAUCCGCAGAUACAUCAAAGCUCAGGUACUCCCCCCUCUGAAAGACGUGAAGAACCGACCUGAGAUCGGCACCACCACCCGAAACAAACUGGUCCGCCUCAUGACACAUGUGGACAUGGGCGUGAAGCAGACGGCGGCGGAGUUCCUCUUUGUCCUCUGCAAGGAAAGUGUGGACAACCUGUUGAAGUACACUGGAUACGGAAACGCGGCGGGCCUGCUGGCAGCUCGAGGGCUCCUGGCAGGAGGCAGAGGAGACACGGAGUACUCUGACGACGAAGACUCAGACACAGAGGAAUACAAAUCUGUCAAACCUUUUAUCAACCCAAUCACCGGGCACAUCGAGGAGCCGAUGCCAAACCCCAUUGAGGAAAUGACAGAGGAGCAGAAGGAGUACGAAGCUGAGAAACUGGCCAAUAUGUUCGUCAAGCUGAGCAGCAAUAACGUCAUCCGACCCAUGGGCGUCAGGCCGGACGGGACGCUAGCGCCUUUAGAGGAAACUCUCUGCGAUCCGCCCGAGGAGAACCCAGAUUCAGACUCUGACUAGCACAGCAGUUCGUAUCCAGGCUGAGCACACUGGGGGGCCAAAAACAUCCAGACCUGUGUCCCAUUUCACGGCCCGGACCCUUCUGUGGAUUCUCCAGAGUGUUCUCCGUAGCAUACCAAACAUCCGGCACGCCGCCGGCUCACAGGCACAAAAUGUUUCGACUUCAGGGGCAGAUUUAGACGCGCUAAAGUGAAUGUAUCUCCGGGGGGGGGGUGAAGUUCAUACUUAAACAUUUGACUUUUUUAGACCAUAUUUUGAGUAUUUUUGGCCCAGCUGUAAAGUUUGGUUGUUCUGGUGAAUCUCAGAUGGUCCAGUCAUGAAGUGGGACAUAGCUGAGAUGCUGUGAUGGCUGUUAGCCAUUCUUUGAGGGGGGAGUGGACUGAGCUGUGGCAGGAAAACAGUCCUAAUGGAUUUGAGGCCUUUAUGGUUAAUGUGCUUCACUCGUUUUCCCGCUCCUUCCGCUGAAGCUCUUAGUAUCAUUCUGACUGUAAACGCGGUUUGUUUAUAGAACUGAAUCAUUCCUUUUACGUCUUUGUUUCUCGUUUUUCUGUUAGAUGCACAUCGGAAUUGUAAACACUGAAAAAAGAUUCUAUAGACUCAAAUGAUUUAUCUGCAUGAUGCUAAAUUUCUAAAUAACAUUUUUUAAAUACUUUGCACAAACAUUCGGUUCGAUUUUUUUUUUUUUUUUAGUUGUCAUCAGGUGGAAAUUUGGCUGAAGUUUCACUGAUUUUUUGCUGGUUACAAUCUAUAACAGAGUAUUGCUUUGUCUAAAAAGAUGUGACGUGAAAGAAAAUUGUGUGAAGCGGUUUCUCCUUCCUGGGAAUCACCACUACUGCCUGCUUACAGGAAACAAAAAAAAAAUCUGGCUUUGCAUGGCUGUUCACUUUGAAUUUGUUCUUUCCUAAUCAAAUGUUUUUACUCGAAGCCUUGAAAAGUCAAACAUUUGUUACAUUUUCCUGUUAUUUUUAUUUAUUUGUAAUAAAUCCGUUGAGAGAU